AUGCUGAAAGUACGAAUCAGAACAACUGCAAAGGCUUCCUGGUCUUCUGAUAGUCUGGAAAAAGCUAUAAAGCUUGUUGAAGGAGGUUCUUCUAUGAGACAUGCUGCCAAGUUAAUGGGAAUCUCCUUUUCAAGCCUCCAAAAGAGGAUAAAAGAAGGUUCUACCUUAGGACCACAUCUAGGAAGAACAGACGAAAUAAGUCUGUUCUUCGAGCUACUUGGCCAGCUGAUGGAAAAACAUAGAUUUGUUCCAAAAAAUGUUUAUAAUAGCGACGAAACGAGUAUUUCAACAAUUCAAACUCCUGGAAAAAUUCUGGCUACCAAAGGACAGAAGAGAGUGGAAUCGAUAGCCAGUUGGGAAAGAGGAAAAAACAUCACUUUGAUGUGUGCUAUGAGCGCUGCUGGCGGUUACAUUCCACCAAUGUUCAUUUUCCCCAGAAAAAGGUUGACUUCACUGCUCGAGAAGGAUGGUCCAGCAGGAGCGCUUCACAAAUGCUCGGACAACGGUUGGAUUAUUGAGAAUCUCUUUCUUGAAUGGUUGGUGCAUUUUAAACAGCACGCUAAGCCGUCUGCAGAUGAACCCAUCCUUUUAAUACUAGACAACCAUGCUAGUCACAUUUCUCUUUCCAUCUACAAAUAUUGCAAGUUCAAUCAUAUUCAUAUGUUGUCUCUGCCACCACACACGUCACAAAGAAUGCAACCUCUGGACGUUUCUUUUUUUGGUCCGCUCAAAAUGGCAUAUAAAAAAGAAUGUGACUUAUUUUUGAAAAGCCAUCUUGCAGAAAAGAUAACACCUUAUGACGUAGCAUCGUUGGUGAGAAAAGCAUUUAAUAAUGUUGCGUCUAUUAGUAAAGGAGAAUCGGGUUUUAGAGCUACUGGAAUAUUUCCACUAAAUUCGGAAGUAUUCACAGAAGAAGAUUUCUUCGCUGCAGAAACUCUCCAAUCUGACACUAUUAUAAUCCAAGACUGCAAUGAAACUCUCGCAGCUACCAGCAUGAUUCCCAGCACAUCAAAAGAAUUUCACUCACCAGUUCCGAGUACUUCAAAACAAAUUUAUCCACCGGUUCUUGGGAUGUCUGAACGAGUAGGCCCACUUGAUUCAGAACCAGAUAUUAUAUCACCAGCAGCUGGCACGUCAAAUCAAAUUAGUGCUGAUUUGCAUGAUUUGAUCAAGUUGCCAGAUAAAACACCUGUUAUGAAUACAAAAAAGGCCGAAAGAAGCACCACGCUACAAUUUUAA